AAUGACCGGCGUCUUGCAGGACAUUUUGAACGAGCCCCUUUUGCCUGAGGCUCGCAACCACCCGAUGCUCGAUGAUCGUCUCAGGGGAAAAGAAGCCUUGGCAAAGAGCAGAGGUUUAGAGGAAAAUACCUGUAACCAGAGACUGCUGAUUGAUAGCGUUCUGCAACAAGGAAGCCCACAUACCAUGGAGGCAGUGACCUUCAAGGAUGUGGCUGUGUUCUUCACUGAGGAGGAGCUGGGGCUGCUGGACCUUGCCCAGAGGAAGCUGUAUCGAGAUGUGAUGCUGGAGAACUUCAGGAACCUGCUGUCAGUGGGGCAUCAACCAUUCCACCGAGAUACCUUCCACUUUCUAAGGGAGGAAAAGUUUUGGAUGAUGGAUAUAGCAACCCAAAGAGAAGGGAAUUCAGGAGGCAAGAUCCAACCUGAGAUGAAGACUGUUCAAGAAGCAGGACCACAUGAAGGGUUGUCCUGCCAGCAGAUCUGGAAAGAAAUUGCAAGUGAUUUAACCAGGCCUCAAGACUCUACCAUAAAUAGUUCUCAGUUCUUUGAACAGGGUGAUGCCCACUCCCAGGUUGAGGAAGGACUAUCUAUAAUGCAUACAGGACAGAAACCUUCUGAUCGUGGGAAGUGUAAACAAUCCUUCAGUGAUGUUUCCAUCUUUGAUCUUCCUCAGCAAAUACACUCAACAGAGAAGUGUCAUUCCCAUGAUGAGUGUGGAAAAAGCUUCUGUUACAUCUCAGCACUUCAUAUUCAUCAGAGAGUCCACCUGGGAGAGAAACUCUUUAAGUGUGACGUGUGUGGAAAGAAACCAGCCAACACUGGGGAGUAUGGAAAAGGCUUCAUCGGUAGGCUGGAUUUGUGUAAGCAUCAGACGAUCCACACAGGAGAGAAACCAUAUAAUUGUAAAGAAUGUGGGAAGAGCUUCAGACGGUCCUCAUAUCUUUUGAUACAUCAGCGAGUCCACACUGGAGAAAAGCCAUACAAAUGUGACAAGUGUGGGAAGAGCUACAUUACUAAGUCAGGUCUUGACUUGCACCAUAGAGCCCACACAGGAGAGAGACCUUAUAACUGUGAUGACUGUGGGAAGAGCUUUAGACAGGCCUCAAGUAUUUUGAAUCAUAAGAGACUCCACUGCCGGAAAAAACCAUUCAAAUGUGAGGACUGUGGAAAGAAGCUUGUACACCGGUCAUACCGUAAAGACCAACCAAGAGACCACAGUGGAGAAAAUCCAUCCAAAUGUGAGGACUGUGGGAAGCGCUACAAAAGGCGCUUGAAUCUUGAUAUAAUUUUAUCAUUAUUUUUAAAUGACACAUAAGUGUUGUACAUAUUUAAGGGGAAAAAUUUGAUAUUUAAAUAUACGUAUAUGAUGUAUAAUGAUCAAAUCAGUGUAAUUAGCAUAUUUAUCACCUCAAACAAUGAUCUCUUCGUGUUGGGAAAAAUAAAAAUUCGUUGUUC